UGAGUACCAGGUUGAAUACAUCUGUAAGCAGCCUGCUAAGAGAAGAUGUCAGGAGCGGCUAGCAUCGGGCUUGACCUGGGUGCAGGCAAGUGCUGUGUUGCCUGCGUGCGCGCUGGGGCGGUGAAGGUGUUACCAAACGCUUAUGAAAAGAAGACCACUCCGAGUUUUGUUGCCUUCACCGGCACCUGCAGCCUCGUGGGCAUCGAUGCCACUAACCAGGCGAGGAGCAACGCCACCAACACCGUCUAUGGCGUCAAGACCAUCCUCGGCAGGAGCUACUGGGACCCGGUCGUGCAAAAGUACGCAUCCUACAGUCCAGUGAAGGUCGUGGAUGAUGGGGGGAAGCCGGCAAUGGAAGUGGAGUACCGCGGCGACAUGCUGCGCGUCACCCCGGAGGUGGUCGCCGCCAUGCAACUGCUUAAGAUGCGACAAGAAGCUGAAGUCCAAGUUGGGGACAUCGGAGGAGCGGUGGUGGCCGUGCCUGCGACCUACAGCAACCGCCAGCGGGAGGCGCUCGUGGCGGCCUGUAAAAUUGCCGGGCUACCCCUGCUGGACCUCAUCUGUGAGACGACAGCCACAGCUCUGGCGUACUGGCACAACCGCGGCUCCUCCGUGGCACAACAAACCAUCCUUGUGUUCGAUAUGGGCGCCACUAAGCUAGACGUCUCCGUCAUCAAAAUAUGUAACAAAGAGAUCAAGGCUCUUGCGGUUAGCGGUGAUGACUCCUAUGGAGGCGACAAUUUGGAUCAGGAGCUCAUGACAUUGGUGAACGAAGAUUUCAUAAAUGAGAAUUCAAAGAGCUUGCUCGAUAAACCUAGUUCGAAGUUGAGAUUGAAGUUGGCUUGUGAGAUUCUAAAAAAGAAUCUUACGCUACUUCAGUCGUUCGAACAUAAUGAAGACAACAUUCUGGGAGAGCUGCCUUUGAAAAUCGAUGUACAAAGAAAACAGUUCCAACUACUCUUUGCUCAAAAUUUAUCGACGAAAUUCACUAAAAUUCUAAAUUCUGUGCUAUACGACGCAGGACUGACUAAGGAUCAAAUCGAUGAAGUGGUCGUCGUUGGGGGAUCUAGCAGAGUUCCAUUUAUUUCUGACUUUCUCAAAAUUUAUUUCGGUGAAAAAAAUCUGAACAUGACUGUGAACGCUGAUGAAUCUGUAGCGCGCGGGGCAGCUAUCAGAGCUGACCAACUGAACGGAAAUGACCCAACACAUGUCGCCAUAAGUGAGAUGGUGCAAGACCCAGUUAGAGAAAUAUCCUUACUAGCUACUGAGUUUCAGAAGUAUCUCGUGGCAACACCAGACAUGAAGUUCACAGUGAUCCUAAGAGAGCUCAACAAUAAUAAAGUUAUUCAAGAAAAGAUCACCUCAUACACGCUUGGGCGCCACUUAGUUUUUGAAGCUAACACUUCAGUCUUUCCUAAAAAUGAAGAGAAUGAUAUUGUAGAGAAAAAAUCCGAAAAUAACUUUCAUUUGGAUUCGGAAUUUAAAGAAAUGAUGAACCAACUGGAGCAGUUUGAAUUUGAUCGAAUAACGGUUGAAAAGGACGCAAAGGAACGAGUUAGCGGAAAUCGGUAA